CUUGAAAACUCGAUUAGGAGCGGAGCGCAGAUUGUAGGAUUUGUAGCUAGCUCAACGCCGUCCUCCGUCAACCCUUUCACUGUUUCCGCUCUGCUAAACCAAGUAUGGGACUUUCCAAGGAACAGCUGCUCGCUCGCUUAAAGGAGCUUCAGAUUGAAUUUUCCCAGUAUGAUCACCCUGUUGUUUUGACAGUUGAGGCUCAGGAAAAAUAUGUUGGGCAUCUGGGAGGUGGAGUCAGUAAGAAUUUGUUCUUAAAGGAUAAGAAGAGUAGGUUCUAUAUUGUUUCCGCUUUGGCAGAUACUAAAGUAGAUCUGAAAGUUCUAUCUGUGAGGCUCGGUUUGGGAAAAGGUGGCUUGAGAAUGGCUCCUGAAGAAGCACUGGGAGAAAUACUUCAGGUCCCACUGGGUUGUGUUACUCCUUUGUCACUGGUGAACGAGUCUGCGUGCAAUGUCUCUCUGCUGUUGGAUCAAAGAUUUAAAAGUCAGAAGUUUUGCUUCUUUCACCCUAUAUCGAAUGACAUGUCAAUCUCACUAACCACCGAUGGUCUUGACAAGUUUCUGAAGUCAAUUAAGAGAGACCCCUCAUAUGUUGAUUUGGAGGCUAACCCAUCAGUUGGGAAGGACCAACCUCCGGACCUUGCAGCGCUUGUGCCAUCGAGCACUGUAAUGUUGCCGGAUCACCCAGAGACAGCAGCAGUUUCCUCGAAAGUUCCUGCAGAAAACAAAGUUUCUGCAAGCAACAAGCCCACAAAAAGUGCAGUGAGCACCAAGCCAUCCAUUAGUGCUAAAGGUCCCCAGGACAAACCAGCCAACAUAACAGAUGUUUGGAAAUUUGUUGAAGGUUUACUGGACUCAACAUCUUCUUUAUUGCUGGAAGAGAUUACAGAGAAGAAUUUUAAGGAACAUGGAGAAAAGCUUGGGGAAAUGAUAUCAAACAGAUUAAAAACUAAAUUAGCUGCAGAAAUGCAGAACUCAGUUAUGAUUUUCAAAAAUACUGCGUACACGGAAGGGUUCCAUGCUGGGACGCACUGUCAUUCAAAACAUUCUUUCUGAUUUCUUCUUCCCUUCCUAUUUCCUUCAAGACGUAGUGCAGAAACCAAAAAUCUAUGUGGCUCUCAAUUAAUGCCAAUCUAUUUAAAGCAAUGUGCUUAAUUCGCAGGCAUAUUCUGACAUUUGAAUGAUCCGAUAGAGAGGUACUAAUUGGUAAUACUUUUGAUUGCGUCAUUUGAGGAACCUGUUGA